AUGGAAGCAACUACAUCAACUGUUAAAGUGAUACAGAACCCAGAUAAGCAAAUCCAGCCAACUGGAAGCACAACACGGCUGAACUGCAGUGUGGGAAAUAUCUUCAUGAAAAUGACUAUUGCUUAUUGGUACAAACAAGGGCAAGAUGGCAGGUGGAACUUUUUGUGUACCGCCUUCAACGGAAGUAAAGUAGAAGGGAGAUAUUUUGGAGGAGUGAAAGGCCAUGGAAAUUACUUUUACCUUCAAAUUGAAUAUGCUGAAAUGAACGAUUCUGGUAUUUACUUCUGUGCAGUAAAACAUGUUAAUCGCUUCUUCUUUGGGAAUGGCUCUACACUAAUUAUUUCAGAUGAUGUGGCAGGAUCUCCCAGUCUGCUUAUUUUGGCACCCACAGAGCAGGAGACAAACUCUGAUCAUACAGUCACAUUAAUCUGUCUGGUGGCUGAUACUUUGCCUCAGUGGAGUCCCAUUCAGUGGAAUAUUUCAGGAGAAGUUAUAAAAGCACUGGAAGAUGCUGGAACAUUUGAUAAAGAUGGAUUUUUCAGUAUCAGAAGCCAAGUUUCCAUUCCACUACAGACAUGGAACAGUCCUGCUACCUUCUUUUGCCAGGUCACUUCUAUUCAUGUUGAAGAACUAAAGAACAAAACAGUGAUGGACACAGGAAAUAAGAGAGAUGACUGCCCUCUGUAUAUUUUAUACUUUGGGUUACCCCCCAUUAUCACCCUGGCAAUGAUUAUACUACUGCUACACCGGAGACGUCAGAAAAGAGGUUCGAUUUCUACAGAAAUGGACAGAAGCAAUGAACAAAGUCACUGUUUUAAAAAUAUAGAACAAGUCCCUGGAACCACCUGCUAG